CCUCAUCCCUCCCGAUGCCGCAAGGAUAUUUUAAACAUAAAACUGCAUGGAUCAAAGUAAAUCUCUCCCGUGACUUCACCUCCAAGACCUGCAUUCAACAGUCACCUAUCCCAGUUCCCAGCCAGCUGCGUAGCCUUCUGAAGGAAAAUGAACAUACUGAACAGCCACCACUUUUUGUACUUUCUGCCUACCACACGCCUUGUCAUCUUACUAGCAGCCCUGACAACUGCUGAAGAUGUGACUAACRGCACUUUCAACCGCACUGAUGUGAAUGUGGGAUCCGUGCCUGUGGUCACCUCCCGCAUCGACCAUAUCAUAGUCAGGGAGGGGAGCAGUGCCUUGAUCGACUGCAAUGUCCAAGGAAAUCCUAGUCCACGCUACAGGUGGUACAAUUCCAAUGGCCGCCUGCUACAUGAGGAAGAAAAUAAAGCAGGAAAAUGGUGGUUUCUUGACAACGGGCAACUAAACAUUACGAGCGUCUCUUUUGGAGACAGAGGUAAAUACACAUGUGUUGCAUCUAACAUGUUUGGCAGUGUUAAUAAUACCGUGACGCUGMGGGUUGUUUUUACUUCUGGAGACAUGGGCAUCUAUUACAUGAUUGUCUGCCUUGUAGCUUUUACCAUCGUUAUGAUUUUGAACAUUACCCGGUUAUGUAUGAUGAGCAGUCACCUGAAGAAAACGGAGAAAGCAAUCAAUGAUUUUUUCAGAACAGAAGGGGCAGAGAAACUCCAGAAAGCCUUUGAGAUUGCUAAGCGUAUCCCAAUUAUCACUUCAGCCAAAACACUUGAGCUUGCCAAAGUUACUCAGUUCAAGACCAUGGAAUUUGCUCGCUAUAUUGAGGAGCUUGCUCGCAGCGUACCUUUGCCACCUCUCAUCAUGAACUGCAGGACUAUAAUGGAAGAAAUUAUGGAGGUUGUGGGUCUGGAGGAGCAAGGACAGAAUUUUGUGCGGCAAACAGCGGAAGGCCAGGAAAGCACUGGGCCGGAUGAGGUGUAUAUGAUCCCCAACGCGCUGAAGCGCAGUGACUCCCCCACAGCUGACUCAGAUGCAUCGUCACUGCAUGAGCCACCUCAGCAGAUCGCAAUAAAAGUGUCAGUGCAUCCGCUGUCCAAAAAGGACUGCGUGGAUGGCCAGUCACAAGAGAGCGUGCAGCUGGACCCCAAGGAAGAAGCACCAGCACUUCCUACAGAGCCCCCCGCCGAGCCUUCAGCUGAACUCAGUUCUGACGACACAGCAUUGUCAAAUGACAAAAGUACAUGUGUUAUCUAUGAAAGCCAUGUAUGAUAGUUACUCUUGAAUCUAUGCAUAGCAGGAAAAUCAGGAGCUCUUUUAAAAAUACAUAUUGUACUUGCCGCUAAGCCUUACCUGGAGACUAUCAUAGCAAAAGCAUGUAUGUGGAUUAUUUGGCACUUUCUUCUCAAUUUGACUUUAGUUUACCGUGAUGUAUGGCAGAAUAAUUGCUAUUACAUUAACAUURAUUGCUCUUUUGGAUUAGGAAUUUUUCCAAGAAACAUUUACCUCAGCAUUUUCUAGGUUGCUGUCACCUGUAGUGGCUGCCUGGCAGUCACCGGUAGUGUUGAUGUAAGACACUCGAACUUAAUAAGUAUAAAACUGGUUUUAAUUUUCCUCUGCUCUCAUUAUUUCCAACUAUUGCAUUUUUGCAAAUAUUGUCUCAUGAAUUUGAAAAACUGCCCAAGAGGCAGCACUUCACUAGCCAAAUAAAAUCCUAAUAGAUCCCAUUUACAAAGCCUCUUUGCU